UGCUGCAGGUCUGGUAUAUAAACGGAGCGCCGGCCAGGGCCAUGGACAAUCUGCUGCUGGUGACUGCUUGGCGGACAAAAAAACGACAACUAGCGUUUAAAUCAGCAACUUCUUGAGUUAUAAAGGCUGUAUAUUAUUUCUCCUUCUGUCAGAUCGAAUACCAAAAACCAGCGGCGAUGAACAGCCAUUUUACCGGGACCGGGAAGCAGCUGGUGACAGAUUUCUACUAUAAUAACGGUUUCAGUGAGCUGAGCCUCGAGACCAAGAAGACCACGGUACAACAGCGGAAACAGCAUGAGGCGUCCGGUAAAGAUGCUGAGGAUGAGUCCCGGUUACCGGCACUCGAAGCAGCGUACAGCAGCAUCUUGCGGGGGCUCGGGGAAGACACGGACAGGCAGGGGCUCCUGAGGACGCCUCUAAGAGCCGCCAAGGCAAUGCAGUUCCUUACCAAGGGAUACCACGAGGACGUGUACGACAUCCUGAAUGAUGCCAUAUUUGACGAGGACCAUGACGAGAUAGUGAUAGUAAAAGACAUUGAAAUGUUCUCUCUUUGUGAACACCACCUUGUACCCUUUUUUGGCAGGGUACAUAUCGGAUACCUGCCAAAUAAGAAGGUGGUCGGGCUUAGCAAGCUGGCUAGGAUUGUUGAGAUGUACAGUCGGAGGCUCCAAGUCCAGGAGCGUCUGACCAAGCAGAUUGCCAUGGCGAUAUCAGAAGCUCUACAGCCAGCCGGUGUGGCUGUGGUUAUAGAGGCAGCGCACAUGUGUAUGGUGAUGCGUGGGGUUCAGAAGAUGAACAGUCGAACGGUGACCAGCUGCAUGUUGGGGGUGUUCAGAGAAGAUCCAAAGACUCGAGAAGAGUUCCUACGACUCACCAAGACUGCUUAGCAACCACCUCGGACCCCUGACCUCUAACCCCUGCCCUGACCCUGUAAAGCACAUGUUCUAGGGUAGAGUUCCUAAGACUACUCCACACACCUCACAGAAGCCUUAUAUACACACAAGGCAAUGCAAGCUCUCAAACCUGUGUGUGUGUGUGAAUUUCUGUCAGAGUGAGAGGCUAUAAUUAUGGUGCCUUCAGCUCACCUCAGCUAGAAAACCUGACCGUCUUAAAACAUGAUCUCUACUGUAUAGAAAGGUGUAUAUAAACACUAGUUAUAAGCACUAGAUAUGACUAGUUAAGACUGAGAUUUGUGGUGAUACUGGGAGCAGGAAAAUGCCCUACCUCUUACCUUUUUAAAUGCAACUCAUGAACCAGGUUUCCAUUCAACCUUUUUAUGUGAGUAAAGUACAUGUCGGAUAAAAAAAUGUCACAACAGACCUGAUGGAAAUAGCAAAUUUGUCGGUAAACUUCCCAAAUGUCGACUAAACAAAAUACGCUAGACAAGGUGGGAUCUUUUUGUGGCUGUAAAAAUAGUUAUGUGAGGAAUUGCGGUGGGAAACGCCUUUAUGCACAAAUAUUGAUAUUAUAACCAUCUUAUCGAAAGUCAAUUUGGAGUCACGCAAUAUGUUGUGUGGUACUCCCACUACAACUCAGGAAAUAAUGCAGUUUAUUAGGCUACAGAUAAAAUAAGUAAUGAAAUUCACUCCUUUAUAUUAAAUAUCAAGUCUUAUUCUUGUGAUAUGAUGAUCAGUGCUUGGCUGUCAAGACCAGUGGGCACAUACCGGAUAUAACCGAUCAGUUUUGUGACAAAAGCAUCAGCAGAGUUGAAAAAGCAAAUGUUUUUUUUUACUUGUAUAUUUAACCGCAAAAGUAAUUUUUAUGUUCACUACGUCAUCGUGCACAGCCUUUUAUCCGCAACAAGUCAAUUUGAUGGAAAUACAUCUCUGGUGGGAAAAUGUGCAUAUUGUUUAUAUGCAGAUUUUUGAAUAUUCACAUGAAAAUCUGUCACCGAUUGGGUGGAACCUAGUUACUGUCAUCAAGUUGUACUUUUUUAGGACCUCUCUUCUUAUUUUACCUACAGAAUGUAGAAACGAGACGUUUUCACAUAUGUAUGGUGCUGGAGACUUGUAUUUUUAAUUUGACUUAACAUUGACUACCUGUCAAAAGAAAGGUUAAGACCGAGGUCUCUUUUCCAAAUGAGCCCUGUUCAGCACAACAAUACACAUUAAAAUACAAUAAACACAUUAAACUACACAAUUAAAUACAUGUUAUUAUACACAAAAAGCAAAACACAAUCAUAAAAAAUACAUUCUUCAGUAAAAAGGUUCCGGAACAACCAUCUGAAAUGCUCUAGAGGUAUCAAUUCAAAGUUUGAAGUGGAUCGUAUGUAGAUCAUUCCACACUUAAGGUGCAAGGAAAUUAAAGGCUGAUUUAUCUAACUCUAAAAGCCAAAGGAAUCACCAGAGUUAACCAACCCUGUGAUUGGGUUUGAUAACCUUUCAUUUAUAGACAUAAUGACUGAAGUUGAAAAGUGGUGGAAUGUCCCUUUUUAAAGGGACAAUCUGCAGUCACUACAUACAUUUUUGGACUUAUAAAUUAUAAAUUAAUUAUCUAUACUCAUUGAUUCAACUGUUACACCCAAUCAGAACCCAACAUAUAUGCUUGUUUUACUCCAAUGUUUGUAAAUAUAAACAAACACUGUAUAGCCUCAAAACAACCUCUUAAGGAUCGGUCCCUUUUUUUAAAUUUUCGCCUAAAAUGACAUACCCAAAUCGGCCUGUAGCUCAGGCCCUGAAGCAAGGAUAUGCAUAUUCUUGGUACCAUUUGAAAGGAAACACGUUGAAGUUUGUGGAAAUGUGAAAGGAAUGUAGGAGAAUAUAACACAUUAGAUCUGGUAAAAGAUAAUACAAAGAAAAAAAACUACUUUUUUUUUUUUUUGUACCAUCAUCUUUGAAAUGCAAGCGAAAGGCCAUAGUGUACUAUUCCAGCCCAGGUGCAAUUUAGAUUUUUUUUGGCCAGUAGAUGGCAGCAGUGUAUGUGCAAAGUUUUAGACUGAGCCAAUGAACCAUUGAUUUCUGUUCAAAAUGUUGUGUCAAGAUUGCCCAAAUGUGCCUAAUUUGUUUAUUAAUAACUUUAUGUUAAAAACUGUGCACUUUCCUCAAACAAUAGCAUGGUAUUCUUUCACCAUAAUAGCUACUGUAAAUUGGACAGUGCAGUUAGAUUACCAAGAAUUUAAGCUUUCUGCCAAUAUCAGAUAUGUCUAUGUCCUUGGAAAUUUUCUUGUUACUUACAACCUUAUGCUAAUCGCAAUAGCCUACAUUAGCUCAACCAUCCCGCAAUCCUGAAGAACAAUUAUAAUUGUGAUAUCGUGGAUGGUCAGUCCUUGCAUACAUAGCUCGGUCUAUACAUUUUAGAGCGGUUUCAUUUAUCCAGCCCCAUCCCUCAUCUUUUUACCAAAAGUAAUUUUUCCAACAGCAGAUUAGCCUGUUAAGACUCCAUCAUGUUUCAUCUGUAUGUGGUACAAAGGAAAAUAUUUGUAACUAACAUUUGUAAAAAAUAAAUAUAUUUCAGCACUGGUCAGCAAAAGCAUCUCUACAGUUUAUAAGCCAACACGUGUUCUAUAUCUAUAUUUCCUACUAUGUGUCUAACAAUGUUUUCCUCUAUGUUGCCAUUUGUUUUCAUGAAUCAUCAUUAUGUCGUGUUCUCUCAAUUAAACUAGAUCACCACAA